GUAGAACUGUGGCUAAAACGGGCAGGGGCGGCUUGCUGGGCACGCAGAGGUCACCAGGAGGGAAAGCCUGCUGAACGCGAAUGCAGUUUCUAGCAGUUACCACAGCCUCCAAGUUAAAAGAAGACUUUAUGGAUCCUUAAAAAGCAGGACCCAGGAGAGCCACUAAGGACUGUCCAGGAAGAGUCCUCCUUGUGCAGAGGUGCUGCCUGGAGCUGCGAUGGAGGAGGGAGCUGGGGAGGCACCGGGGCUGGGCAGGUCUGCUGCUUCUAAGGAUUUCCGCUUCUAUCACAUGGAUCUGUAUGACUCUGAAGACAGACUGCAGAUCUUCCCAGAAGAGAGUACUCGGAUGAGAAGAGAAGGUGUCCAAGCUGAAAUGACCCAUGAGCCCAUGAGAGGGGGUGUGAAAGGGAAGGCUCCGGGAGACCUUGGAGAGGAAGUGGAUGAACUUGUCCAUCCCUAUGGACUUGAAGAUGAUCACGAAUUAGGGGAUGAGUUUAUUGAGGAAAACACACCCAGAAUAGAGGUUUCAGAAUAUCCCUCUUAUAUGAUGAUGGGGAGUGAGCAGAGAGACUGGAGACUUACUGGUGAGACGGCUCAGGGUGAGGACCUGGGCUUCAUGGGGUGGGGCUCAGCAGGCCAGUGCCAGGACUUGCGGGAAGCCUAUAGGUACAGCCACGGCCGUGCCAGCGAGGAGUACGAGUGCUACGUCAUCCCAGAGGAGGAGGACGAGGAAGAAGUGGCUGACAUCUUCUGUGUCACUUGCAAAACUCCAAUAAGAGCGUCAGAGAAGGAUCAGGAUGAACACAAGCAGCAUGAGGUGACUCCGCUCAGUAAAGCCCUGGAGAGCGCCAAGGAUGAAAUUCACAAAAAUAUGUACAAGUUGGAAAAGCAAAUUAUUGAGAUGGAAAACUUUGCAAGUCACUUAGAAGAGGUUUUCAUCACGGUGGAGGAGAAUUUUGGAAGACAAGAACAAAACUUUGAGUCUCAUUACAAUGAGAUCUUGGAAACACUUGCUCAAAAAUAUGAAGAAAAAAUACAAGCUCUAGGGGAGAAAAAAAAAGAGAAACUGGAAGCUUUAUAUGGACAACUGGUCAGCUGUGGAGAAAAUCUUGACACCUGCAAAGAACUGAUGGAAACAAUAGAGGAGAUGUGUCAUGAAGAGAAGGUUGAUUUCAUAAAGGAUGCUGUGGCUAUGGCUGACAGACUCGGAAAAUUCCUGAAAACAAAAACAGAUGUGGAGAUCUCAGCGCAGCCCGACUUCGAAGACCAGACCUUGGAUUUCUCUGAUGUGGAGGAGCUGAUGGGCUCCAUAAAUACCAUCCCAGCUCCUUCUGCUCCAGUGAUAAACCCACAGGCCCCUAACUCAGCCACGGGUUCCUCAGUCCGAGUGUGCUGGAGCUUGUACUCCGAUGACACUGUGGAGAGCUAUCAGCUAUCCUACCGGCCAGUGCAGGAUGGCUCGCCUGGGAAGGAACAAACAGAGGUUACAAUGACCAUCAAAGAAACAUACUGCUCAGUGACAAACCUGUUGCCAAACACGCAGUAUGAAUUUUGGGUCACAGCUCAGAACAGGGCCGGCCUCAGCCCCACCAGUGAGCGUGCGGUGUACAUGACAGCACCUUGUCCCCCCAUUAUAAAAAGCAAAGAGAUAAGGAGCUGCGAGGAGGCUGCGCUCAUCUCCUGGGAGUCUGGAAACCUGAACCCUGUGGACUCAUACACGGUGGAGCUGACCCAGGCAGAGAUGCCGGGGGCCUCGGGUGUAACUGAGUCUGUUGUGGGCAUCCCGACCUGCGAGUGCCUGGUGCAGCUGCAGCCCCGGCAGAGCUACACCAUCUAUGUGAGAGCCCUCAACGUGGGCGGCCCCAGUGCGAGGAGUGAGCCCGCUACCGUCCACACCACAGGCAGCUACUUCCCCCUGGACAAGCACACCUGCCAUCCACGGCUGACUGUAUCUGAAGAUGGGCUCACGGUUGUGCGAAGCGAGAGGAGAGGCCCCCCUAGGGAGCCAGUCCCCAGCGAUGCCCACUUUACCAGGUGUGCUGCAGUCAUGGGAAACCUAAUUCCAGUCCGAGGGCGCCAUUACUGGGAGGUAGAGGUGGAUGAGUGUUUGGACUACACGGUGGGUGUGGCCUUUGAAAAUGUCCCCAGACAAGAGGACCUGGGGGCAAACCGCCUCUCGUGGUGCAUGAGGCACACAUUUGCGUCAUCAAGGCAUAAGUAUGAAUUUCUACACAAGACGACGACUCCAGACAUAAGAAUAACGGUUCCCCCAAAGAAGAUUGGUAUUCUGUUAGACUAUGAAAAUGCAAAGUUGUCAUUUUUCAAUGUGGACAUUUCCCAGCAUCUGUAUACAUUCAGCUGUCAGCUUCCCCAGUUUGUGCAUCCCUGUUUUUCCCUGGAAAAACCUGGCUGCCUGAAGAUACACAACGGCAUUUCGAUGCCAAAGCACAUCACUUUCUAUUAGCCCACUCUGCUUGUCUCUCUCCCGUACCUACCCCUCUCCCAGCCACUCACGCCUCAGCUGCCUGAACUGGGCAUUCAAUUCACCUGACUUGGAUCCUGUGCACUGCCACCUGUGUGAGGCUGUUACUCAGUUCUAGUCCUGGAUCUAAAAUGAAGGCUCAAACUAAACUCAAAGGUAUUUAAGGCUGUCAAACUGCAUUGGUCUAUUUGUGUAUAUACAAAGUAUCUCAGUCCCCAAGGCCUGCGGAGCUUGGGGGAGGAGGAGGGAAGAUUCAUGUUAGUGGCUCUGGCUGCCCCAGCACUUGUGACAUCUCAUUAGUUGGCCAAGAACUGGCUUAAGGCAAGAGGCCAUUGGCAGAGAGAACCAGGGAAGCCGUAUCUCUUCUCAGCUGCGUUCUCGUUUUCCCAGUGGUCAGUGGCAGUCUGGAGGACGAGGUUUCUCCCAUCAGGUACUUUCUAAAAACCUGUUCCUCUCCUUCACAGUAUUUAUGCCCUCUAAUUUUGAAGUGACCUCUGUAAUGCCUGAUUCCACAAAGGCAAGACAGUGUCUGUCUUGUUCAGCACUCAGUCCCUGAAGCUGAGACGUGCACACUGAGUAUCUGUUGAAUAAAAGAGCAUCUUUUUCAUCUA